UACAUAUUUACGCCCGCCUCUCGCUCGCGCAUCCUUUUUUACACCGUGCGCUUUUGCAAUCAAUCUUGCAUAAUGGUAGUGUAUGCACGUGAUAAAAACGAGAAGCGGGAGUGCAACGUACGUGAUGAGGCAUACGGAGCGAGAAGAAAUCCGCUGAAAAGUUACCUCGGGGAAGGGUUAUUAAGAUGUUAAUUACCACGUGCGAUGACAAAUUAAUAUAUUAUUUGCCAGUCGCGCUCCGUCGGUAAUGACGGUAGUGUCAAUAUUAAGACUCGACAUUAGCUUUCGACGAUGUCUAUAUUUCUGCGUUUCGCGCAAUUAAAGACUAUAAUCCUGCGCUUCUACUCGCGGAGCGCAUUUUUUUACUCGCUUCAGUUGCACUUUAAAGUUGCGCUUUAAAAGAAGACGAUGCGCGCCCGAUAUUUGCGCGUUCGCGGUUUUCCUCGAGAAAUCUCUUCAUGCGUCUCGAUGCGUCGAUCGUCGCAUUCGCGACUCCCGGAGCGUCUGAGUCUUAAUCUCGCAUUUAACUUCGGCUUAGCAGCUUGUGUGUGAGUACGUUAAAGUCGCGUCGAACCAAAUUUCGCUCACUAGAACCAGAAAUUCUGUCUCCUCCCACCAAAACGUAUCGUUCGUCGCCGAAUCAAUUCGACCAACCUUUCUUUUCCGUACGUACGCUAACGUACAUCUAACUAGAGAUCCAUUCAACUUCGUGGUUUACGUGGCGGGAGCGUUCACCGAACAUCGAGUCUAUGAGUUCAUAGCGCUCGAAGAGAUUGACGACAAGCAGUCUGACUCGGCAAGAACUGACCCGCCCCGGGCAACAGUCUUUGAAACAUUCUUAUGGAGCGCAACAAAGCUCAUUAUUCUGCAGAAUCAAUGAAAAAAAUUCGUGAGAAUUUAUCUUCGAUGAUUCACCGGUCGGACUGUCACCUUUGGAUCCUCAUCAUCGUAACCUUGAAUCAUAAUGCCAACUCGCGCGGGGAUAUUUCCUUCUUGUGCGACAAACAAACGAGACCCAUCGCGAGACGUCGCGUUAAUCGUCGUCGCGAGUCGCGAUGCUGUUCGACAGGCGAAUACUAUCGAGCGCGCUCCUCUCCGAAGAUGACGUGCGUAUAAAUGUAUAGGAGAUAUAAAUCAACGCGAUAACGCAUGUCGAGCAGGGUAAAGAAUGCCCAGCACGGAGCACGGCCUCCUUUCUUUUUCUACCAGUCUCGCAAUAUCCACGCCUUCCUUAUCGUAGACUCGCGAACUCGCAAUUUUUCUAUACCAACGCGGUCUCAACGUUUCGUCUCUCAAAUUGUUUCCGUUACGAGUCGGGCAUAAUGGUCACGACUACGAUGGCAUACGCCGAUAAAGCCGACGCCGAGACUUUGACAUCGAUCGAGAAAUCGAGAUUUUUGACCACCUCGUCUGAUAGUGAAAAGCAAGAUCAUGAGUCGCAAAAAAGUGCCGGCUCUUCCAACGCGGGAAGAAAGCGCUUUCAACUUUUGGCCAGUCUCUGCGCCGGAGUAAUCGGCGUUCAAAGCGGCAUAACGCUCACCUGGACAUCGCCGAUACUGCCUUACUUCAUGUCAGAGGAGUCCUUCCUUUCUCCGGUAUCGGAAAAUCAAGUUUCCUGGAUAACGUCCUUGCUUGCACUGGGCGCCAUCGUAGGCGCCGUGCCUGCCGGCAAGAUCGCCGAUCGUAUCGGUCGGAAGUGGUCCAUCCUCUUGACGAUCGUGCCGUUCGCGACAAGCUGGCUGGUCCUGAUCUUCACCCGCGACAUCGUCAGCAUAUACAUCGCCAGAUUCGUCGGCGGGAUCGGUGCCGGAGCGGCGUGCGUCCUGGUGCCGGUCUACAUCGGCGAGAUCGCACAUGCGUCGAUUCGAGGCGCCCUGACAGCUUGCUUCCCGAUUCUCCUCUCCUUGGGGAUCGUCUUGUCCUUCGUGGCGGGCGCGUACUGUCCUUAUGUGACCUUCAACGCCAUCUGCUGCGCCCUAUUGCUGCCCCUGGUCCUCGGCGCGCCCUUCAUGCCGGAGUCGCCGAUGUGGCUGGUGCAGCGGGGCCGUAAAGCUCAAGUCACCAGAGUGCUGUGCAUUCUGCGAGGCUCGAAUUACGACAUUGAGAAAGAGAUGGCCGUUCUCCAAGACGACGUGGACAAAAUGGCGAGGGUGCAGGGUGGCUUGAAGGAUCUCAUCGGUACUCAAGCCGGGCGUAGAGCCAUCAUCGUCUGCUUGGGUCUUAUGAGCUUCCAGCAACUGUGCGGCGUGGACGCGAUCCUCUUUUACACGGUCAACAUCUUCCAGGCUGCCAACAGCACGAUCGAUCCCUUCGUGGCGAGCAUCGUCGUCGGUGUCGUCGAGGUGUUGAUGACGAUAACCGUCGCCCUCGUCAUUGACAGGUUCGGCCGCAAGCCGCUUCUGAUAAUAUCCGGCACGGCGAUUACCAUCGACCUGGCCAUCCUGGGCUAUUACUUCAAGCUGGAGAACGAGGGUGACGUGAAUGCCAUCGGCUGGCUGCCGCUCACCUGUCUCUCCACCUUCAACAUCUUCUUCUCCAUCGGCUACGGUUCCGUGCCGUUCACGGUGAUCAGCGAGAUAUUCCCGCCGCAGACCAAGGGCGUCGCCAGCAGCAUGUCCAUCGUGGUACACUGGAGCCUGGUGUUCGCCGUCACCAAGCUGUUCCCGACUAUGGAGGACAGAAUGGGCCCGGCCGCGACCUUCUGGACAUUCGCGUGCUUCACCGCCGCGUCCGCUGUGUUCGCGUAUGCCUUGGUGCCGGAGACGAAGGGAAAAACGUUGCAGGAAAUACAGAAGAAGCUCGAACGAAAGAGUAAGACGAGAACUACGGACUACCCGGUCGAGCCGGUCUGAUGCUCGAAGCAGGCUGCCGAAAGCGUUCAUUUCGUCACGCUUUUGCAGCGUCAAAAUUUCAAAAGCGAUGCUUUCGAAACGUCGAGGUUUUUCUUCUUUUUUUAUUUUUCUACCAAGAGUGUGCUUGUUUGUAGAAAAAUCGCAAGAGUCGAGAGAGAGAGAGAGAGAGAGAGAGAGAUAUCUUCAAUUUGUAUAAAUUAUUUAUCUGUGCUAAUUUCUACGCAAAUAAUAUACAAAGACUGAACUCACAUUGUCUUUUAUAUGAGAUCUGCGCUAUAUUUAGAGCAAGUUAGAAAUCAACGAUGUUAUAAGAAAGAAUCGAUGUCUAAAUGAUAGAAAAUAUCAUUUGUGUAAAAUCGGCAUAACCUAAAGAUUUCAUCUUAGUUUUUUAUCUUCUUUUCGUGUGUAUAUAUUAUGCAAUAAAAAACAAUGCGGUAAUCUUUCACAGCACACUCGUUAUUGAUUAAAAAGUUAAUAUCCUUUU